AUGAGGCGUCUCUCGACGCCGAUCGUCAAGCUGGAGCGGAAAAAACAAGACCGGCCGACGUCAGCUGGGGUCGAGCACGCAAAGGGAGAUGCGAGAGAGUCCAACCUCAGAGCAGAUCGGGGACCGGGAGCAAAAAUGCUGCGGCGGCCGCUGACAGCUUGGAGCCUCUGGUGGGCUUUAUUCAUCUGCAACGUUAGCACAAGUUGCGCGCAACAAAGAAAAGUGCGUUGCCGUGAGGAGAGCCGCGGAGAUGCGUUCAGGGGCUGGUCCGCCGCCCGCCGGACGCGGGGACUCCGACACGAUCUGGGCUACCUGGUAACAGCACCGUCCGUGUUCCGGGCGGGCGUGGAGGAGAGCGUCAGCGUGACCCUCUUCGAGGCCCGAGAGGAGACUCGUGUCCAGGUGCAGCUGUGGGUGAAGGGGCAGACGGUCGCCCACAGCCAAAGCUCAGUGCUCGAAAAGGGCACUAUCAAGCUGAAGGUUCCCUCUGGGCUAAGGGGUCAGGCCCACCUAAAGGUAUGGGGGAACCGUCACCUCACAGAGGGAGGUUACAUUUUCCACAACUACACCACUGUCACCGUAGAGAGCAAGGGCACAGCUGUCUUCAUCCAGACUGACAAACCCAUCUACAAACCCAAACAAAAAGUGCUCAUCAAUGUUUACAUGGUCACUCCUGACAUGAGGCCAGUGAAUGAAAAGAUUGAGGGAUAUAUCCUGGACCCACGAGGAUCCAGGAUGGUGCAGUGGAAGGACCUUAAAUCUGUUUGCUGUGGUAUUGUGAAUGUGAGUUUCCCUCUGUCGGACCAGCCUGUAUUUGGGGAGUGGUUUUUCUUUGUGGAGGCGCACGGCCACUCCUACAACAAGUCGUUUGAAGUGCAGAAAUAUGUAAUGCCCAAGUUCGAGUUGGUGAUCGAUCCGCCACGCUACAUCCGUGAUCUCAACUCAUGCGAGCAAGCAACAGUCACAGCCAGGUAUACAUUUGGCAAACCAGUUUUGGGGAAGCUGACAGUCAAUAUGUCUGUGAAUGGUGUUGGAUAUUACCACCAUGAGAUGGGCCAUCCUGUAAUCAAAACUAUGGAGAUUAAAGGUUCCGCAAAUUUCAGCAUUUGCGUCAGGGAGAUGAUGCCGCUGGAUGUGGCUGAUCACUUCAGGGGAACGGUCAGCAUUUGGGCAUCGGUCAGCAGCGUUGAGGGAAACAGGCAGACCACGUUCGACGAUUCCACGCCCGUUCAUAAGCAGCUCAUCGACAUCAAGUACUCAAAAGACACGCGUAAACAGUUCAAGCCUGGCCUGCCGUACAAAGGGAAGAUUGAGGUUACAUAUCCCGAUGGAAACCCAGCUAAUAGAGUAAAGAUACGUGUUAAGGCAGAGCUGACCCCAAAGGACAACGUCUACACCAGCGAGCUGACCUCCAAGGAUGGCCAAGCUACCUUUGAGAUACCCUCCAUCCCUACAGCAGCACAAUAUGUCUGGCUUGAGGCCAAAGUGAUAUCUAUUGACGGUAGAUCAGUGGGGGACCAGUACUUGCCAAGCUACUUGUCCAUUAGCAGCUGGUACUCUCCAAGUAGGUGUCACAUCCAGAUCCAGAGUCCGAGUGCUGCUCUUAAGAUUGGCCAAGAGGCUGAAGUGGCCCUCAAAUCCACUUGCCCCUGUAACUUCACCCUGCACUACGAGGUGGCUUCGAGCGGGAACAUUGUCUUAUCGGGCAAACAACCGGCCAACUCCACGAUGUCACACCGAGAAAAAAGGGCCACGAUCACUUUUGAUAAGAACAUUCACACUACCCAUCACCCCGCCGCCGCUUUGGGUACGCUUGUGACAGCUUUCAGUAAAAAUCAGAGCACCAGAAAAGUAUUCGGGAAUAGUGUGUUGUGUCAACGCCUGUCCUUUGCUUUCGCUCUGCCAGGUGCCUCUGACUCUUCCCCCCCGGUCGAGAUGGACAACUGCGUCUCUUAUCUCCGCUUCCCCGUCAGUCACAGCAUGGCGCCGCUCAGCCGCCUGCUGGUCUACUACGUGAGGGAAAACGGCGAGGGAGUCACAGACAGUGUCCAGAUCUCUGUUCAGCCCGAGUUUGAAAACCAGGUGUCUAUUUCUCUGUCAACGAAUGAGUCCAUGCCAGGGGACCCAGUGACCCUGCGUGUCCGGGCAGAAAGGGGCUCCUGUGUUUGCGUGUCCACAGUGGAUAAGAGUCUUUACCUGUUAAAGCCCGGCUUUCAGCUCAGUCCCGACAAGGUGUUUAAAGAGAUGGCAGAAUUUGAUGUUUCGGAUGUCUUUGGCAUUCCUAAAGAUGACGGACACUUCUGGUGGCCUGGACUGUCAUCGAAGAGACGCAGGCGGUCCUCUGUGUUCCCAUGGCACUGGGAUAUCACUAAGGACGCACGUUUUGCUUUCACAGAAGCCGGGUUGGUGGUGAUGACGGAUAUGGUGAGUUUAAACCACCGACAGAGCGGAGGCAUGUACACGGACGAGGCGGUUCCCGCCUUUCAGCCGCACAGCUCCACCGUAGUGGCUGCCGUGUACCCCCAACCAGCUGUCAGGUCUGUGCCAUUAGCCGAGAAGCGGAGGCGCACAUUUUUCCCAGAAACGUGGGUGUGGCACUGCCUCAAUGUCAGCUCUGAAACGGGGGAGGCGGAGCUGCAACUGGAGGUGCCCCACUCCAUCACCACCUGGAUAGCAGAAGCCGUCAGCUUGUCCGAGAAGAAGGGGCUGGGUUUGGCGAAGAGGGCGGAGCUUCGCACCUUCAAGUCCUUCUUUGUGGACUUCACGCUGCCCUACAGCUUGAUCCGAGGGGAGCAAACCAAAGUGGUCCUCACCGUGUACAACUACCUGCCCACCUGUUCUGAGGUUCAUCUUAAAGUGUCCAUUCCAAAGGGCAUCAAGUUUAUCGGCCAUCCUGGAAAGCACCACCUUACCAGGAAGAAAUGUCUUGCUUCCGGAGAGGUUACUCCUACAUCCAUCGUAUUGUCUUUCUCUGAACUGGGACCUGUAAACAUCACAGCGCGUGCCAUCGCCUACAGCACACCGAGCUGCUGUUCAGAUGGAUUUCUGACAGCCAAAACGGGAAAUGACAUCGAUGAAAAGAGAGUCCCAGCUGCCCUGGACUACGUCCGCAGGACUGUCCUGGUGGAGCCAGAGGGCCUUCCCAGAGAAUAUACCUACAGUGUUUUCUUCUGUCCCAAUGAGAGGAUUCACAUUUCCACCCCCAACAAGUACGAGUAUCAGUACGUCAAAAAACCCACCAAGAUGACCCAGUUUGUCGUGGCUGUGAAGACCCACAACGACGCCCACUUCGCCCUGUCGGCGAGUCCCCACGACAGCGCCGACAUGAUGGAGAUAGUUCUGGGCGGCCGGCAGAACACCCGGUCGUGGAUAUCCGCGGGCAAAAUGGGCGACCCGCUGGUGGGCCAUGGUUUAAAACCGUCCAAUGAAUCGGUCAUCCUUCAGUGGUCUGGGCAGUUUCCAGGACAGGUGCAACACAUUGGGUUCUCAACAGGCUGGGGCUCAGUGGGGGAGUUUAAGAUCUGGAAGAAGGAAGAUUCGGAUGAUAACCACAAUGAGGCUUUCACACUAGGCGUCCCACAGAACAUGGUGCCCGGAUCAGAAAGGGCUAACGCAUUUAUGAUCGGGGACGUCAUGGGACCAACUCUAAACAACCUGGACAAACUGCUGAGGCUGCCUUUUGGAUGUGGGGAGCAAAACAUGAUCCACUUUGCUCCAAACGUCUUUGUCCUGAAGUACCUGCAGAAGACCAGGCAACUCAGCCCAGAGGUGGAGAAUGAAGCUACGGACUACCUGCUUCAAGGCUACCAGAGACAACUAACCUACAAACGGCAGGAUGGGUCCUAUAGUGCCUUUGGUGAAAGGGAUUCCUCUGGCAGUAUGUGUUAUAAGAUUGCAACUUUUGACCACUACCGGGAGUCCCGGGGCUUCAUCUUUAUCGAUCAAGAGGAGUUGCGCGCAGCAAAGUCGUGGCUCAUCAGACACCAGCGGGAGGACGGCUCUUUCCCCGCCAUGGGACGCAUCCUCAACAAAGACCUGCAGGGAGGCAUCCACGGGAAGAUUUCCCUCACAGCGUAUGUGGUGACGGCUCUCCUGGAGACGGGAAUCACCGCAGAGGAGGAGACGAUGGCAGUGGCCAAAGCCAAGGACUUCCUAGAGAUGAACACGUACUCUGCAGACGAUCCCUACACCACGGCCCUGUCGGCCUACGCCCUGGCUCUGCUCCGCAGCCGCUACGCCCCACUGGCCCUGCGCCGACUCAACCACAUGGCCAUCGCACAAGAUGGACUCACUCACUGGAGUCUGACCGGCAGCACAGUAACCAAUGAGGACACUUUCAUGGGCUUCAGCGAUGGCCUCUCACAGUCAGUGGUGUCAGCGGAGGUGGAGAUGACAGCUUAUGGUCUUUUGACCUACACCCUUUUGGGGGAUGUGGCGUCCGCAUUGCCUGUGGUCAAAUGGCUCUCUCAACACAGAAAUGCCUUGGGUGGCUUCUCCUCCACUCAGGACACGUGCGUGGCUCUGCACGCCCUGUCAGAGUAUGCCAUCCUGUCUUAUGUGGGGCAGGUGAACCUCACCAUCUCGCUGGCCUCCACCAACCUGGACUUCCAAGAGACCUUUGAACUAAACAGGGAUAACAAGAAACUCCUUCAGAGUGCCAAGAUCCCGAGUAUUCCCACAGGGCUUUUUGUCAGCGCCAAAGGAGAAGGCUGCUGCCUCAUGCAGAUUGAUGUGUCCUACAAUGUUCCUGACCCUGUAACCAAGCCCGCCUUUCAGCUCAAAGUGGAACUGAAAGAGCCUUUUCAGGAGCAACACCUUCAAUUUCCCUCGUCCUCCUCCUCCUCAUCCCAACAUUUUGCCUCACGCUCGCGGAGUCGUGCCGACAACCGCUCCGAACUGAGCAGGAAGCGCCGAGCGCCCAUCGAUGACGACGACCCAGCUGCGCACCAGGACAAAAUGGAUUUCCACAUCUCCUUAGAAGUUUGUGCCAGGUGGCUCUACUCAGGCUCGUCUAACAUGGCAGUCAUAGAAGUUCCAAUGAUUUCGGGUUUCCGGGCAAAUGUCGAAAGCCUAGAGAGGUUACUGAUGGACAAGAGAGUGGGUCUGAAGAGGUACGAGUUAGACGGAAGAAAAGUGUUGUUCUAUUUUGACGAGAUUCCCAGUCAGUGCAUGACGUGUGUAGCCUUCCAAGCUGCCAGGGAGUACGUUGUGGGAAAGACGGCGCCUGUUCCCGUCAAGAUUUAUGACUACUACGAACCAGCUUUUGAGGCCACCAGGUUCUACAACGUUAGCGAAAGCAGUCCCUUAGCACGAGAGCUGUGCGACGGACCUACCUGCAACGAGGUGGAGAGCUCGACCAAUCAGUGGACAGGUUUUGCGCAGGCAAACCAGUGCAAUAAUGUGUUUGGCUGUCUGGAGGAGGAGCAGUUUGAGCGCUGCACCUGCUACAGGGACUGCGGCUACGACGGGGAGCCCGUGUGCGGGUCAGACGGUCAGCUCUACCAGAACCAGUGUCAGAUGGAGGUCUUCGCCUGUCGGAACGGGACCCGCAUUAAGCAGGUUCCCCUGUCCCACUGCCCGUACAUGGAGACUACCAAGGACAAGCAACCAGUAGUGAGCCAGGAAACUGAGCAACUUUCAGUGCCUGUACAAGCAAACGGAGGGGACGGCGUCGUUCUGCCCGGGGGGGGCGCCGUGGAGCAAUCCCUCGCCGAGCGAAGCCAUACCGACAUCCAAAUCUUGUACCAUAUUUGUGAAUAUGCCUGUGAAUGGGAAGAGAAGAAAGACUUGCUCAUACAAAGACUUGCUGGAGAAUGAGUGCGAGUGUGAGUUUGGUGUGAUUAGGGGACAGGAGUCCGAGCGGAUGCCUUUUGUCACAUGUGUCUGUGUGCGCGCGGUGGAAUGUGAGUGUGUAUUUUUUGUCGAGAAACUCAAGUUUUGGCCCCCCCUAUAGACUCCUAGUCCUCAAUAAGCACCAUAGUAUAUUUGGUAUUCACUGUGCGGCAUUUAUAAUCACUAGAAGAAAUAAUCAAGUAUUUAUGUUUGUAAUUACACUUGAUGUUAAGCAAAAAAUAUUUUGUUGUAUUUUAUAUCUGUGGUAUUUAUUUGUAGGUAGAGGUCAUGUUUUUUUUUUUGUAUGCCUAAGUCACCGCUCAUCCAUACAGCCUACUUUUUUUUUCUCCUUUGUGGUUCUUUAUGUGUUAUCCAAGGCAUUUUUCUUCUUUUAUGGCAAGCUUUAACCCAAUAAGUGACAAGUUUGAUGAAAUUCCUGUCCCGGUAUCUUUCUGGGAAAAACAAAAAAAAAAGAAGACCUACGCCAACCACAUGCUUUACAGAAACAUAAGCUAAAAUAAUUUUCCACUUUUCAAACUUCCCACCACAUCAUCUGCUCUCACACUCACCUACCUUGAGAUUUGAUUGUACAGUUUAUAAGCUAUUUUGUUUUUGUUCGAUUUUGAUUCUUGAAGUAAUCGACUUUCAGAAAGAAAAAAAAAAAAGAAAAACGCGUUUAAUUACUUAAAAUGUACCAAAUUUGACUAAUUGUAUUCCAUGUUCUUAUCAAAUCUUGUGAUUUUUUUUUUUUCAAAACAAAGGAUGACAAUAAAAUUUGCAUAGUUCU